GCAUGGCCUGCAAAAUUCCAUCUUCGCAGAAUAAAAAUCACCUUGUCGGAUGGACUUAAAAGGACUCAAUAAUCAAACCACCACAUUCUAUGAUUGCCUUCCAUUUUCACCUCCAAAUUCUGUCCUCAUUGCCUCUCUACUAAACCUCACAUCAACACUAAGUCUCCCUUUAUCAUUCUCCUCGGUUUUCGAAAAGGGUGAUACUAAUUAACGUGUUCCAAAAAAAACAAAAGAAGGAAGAAAAGGGAAAAAAAGAUAAAUAGCAGAUUGCCCGUGGCUUCUUUUAAGUUGGAUUACUUGAAUUGCAGAGCUUGAACAUCUACAUACGAGCAUUUCGUCGCCAGCUGCACCAGUGCUGGAGAUAGAAAACGAUGGUUAAGAAUAGUUUUGUUGUGCUUCUUACUUUUGUGAUUCUAUUUGGCCUCUUCUCAUCAACUUCAGCCAAACCUAUUGCAAAAGUUGUGACCGGGGUUGUCUCUAAUGCGGUUUCUGCUCUUCUUAAAUGGUUGUGGUCGCUAAAAUCUCCUGCCAAACCAAGUAAUCAAUUUUCUGCGAAGAACAGCCGUUCCAUGAUGAAAUUUGAGAGUGGCUACACUGUGGAGACAGUAUUUGACGGAAGCAAGCUCGGAAUUGAGCCAUACACAGUUGAAGUAUCGUCAAAUGGGGAGUUUCUGGUGUUGGAUUCAGAGAACAGUAACAUCUACAAGAUCCCAAGUCCAGUGUCUACAUAUAGUAAACCAAAAAUCCUUGCUGGAUCGCCUGAGGGGUAUACUGGACACAUAGAUGGGAGGCCUAGAGAAGCAAGAAUGAACCAUCCUAAAGGACUUGCAGUGGAUGACAGAGGCAAUGUUUACAUUGCAGACACAAUGAAUAUGGCCAUCAGAAAGAUCAGUGAUGAAGGAGUGACAACAAUUGCAGGUGGGAAAAGGGGACAACUAGGUGGCCACGUGGAUGGUCCAGGUGAAGAUGCAAAGUUUUCAAAUGAUUUUGACGUAGUUUAUGCUGCCAGCAGCUGUUCUCUUCUGGUGGUAGAUCGAGGAAACUUGGCAAUUCGAGAGAUUCAACUUCAUCACCAUGACUGCACUACUUACCGACAGCAACAUGAUGAAGAUGACGAAGAUGAUGUUAGUUUCCACUUAGGAAUAGCGGUACUGGUUGCUGCUGGAUUUUUCGGCUACAUGCUGGCCUUACUACAUUGGAGGGUCAAAGCAAUGUUUUCUUCUCCUGAUGAUCCGAGAGCUUAUAAUAUAAGGAAAGGCACGCCAGUUGCAGCACAGCAAAGGCCUCCAAAGUCAGUGAGGCCUCCCCUGAUUCCAAAUGAAGAAGAAUACGAGAAAGAAGAUGAGGGUUUCUUCGGUUCUAUUGGAAGGCUUUUCGUGUAUUCCGGGUCAGCUUUUGUUGAGAUUGUUGGGAGUUUAUUCAGCGGAAGUUCUAAAAGCAAAAGGAAAGGCCUGCAUUACCAGUACCAGCAACAAAUGAACAGACAUCCACAUGCAUGGCCAGUGCAAGAGAGUUUCGUGAUUCCUGAUGAAGAUGAACCUCCUCCAUGUUUAGAAACAAGGACCCCAACUCCCAGAGAAACUUACCCUUAUAUGAACCAAAAAGACCUGGAAAAGCCUCCCCAGCAACACUUGAAUCCACCUCGAGGGGCUUACUUGAGCAGUGGGUGGGAUGGCGAGUAUGAUCAGCAGAUUCAACAGCAACGGAAACAGCAGUUUCAGAAGCAUUAUUCAUCGAGCCCUCAGACUUACUAUGAUCAGAAUUGCGAGCCGAAUGAGAUUGUGUUCGGAGCAGUUCAGGAACAGGAUGGAAGACGCGAGACCAUGGUGAUUAAGGCUGUUGACUAUGGGGAUCCAAAGUAUAAUCCCCGUAAUCUCCGACCUCGUUUGAACUACGUGGGCUAUUCCCACGGUUACUGAACAUCUUUGGAAGGCUACGUUCCAACUAAUGAGAAACUGAGUCUCCGGAAAGGGACUCAUGAGACCUUGAAUGGUCUAAACGCUGUAAAUUUAACCAAAUGUUUAUGCUUGUGUGGAUGUCUUCUUCAUUAAA